GUGCUGACUUCAAGGACCAGUACAAACCAGUGACCACCAGCUACGACUACGACGCCCCCCUCUCAGAGGCAGGAGACCCCACUGAGAAGCUGUUUGCCAUCCGCAGUGUCAUCAGCAAGUUCCAGACCCUGCCAGCCGGCCCCAUGCCACCCCCCUCUGGCCCAAACAUGUUGCCUCUGGGGGCAGAGGGCAGUCCCGGGCUGGUUCUGGGAGGAGCAGGGGAUACCCUAGACGUGCUCCUGGAGAACAUGGGCAGGAUCAGCUUUGGAGCCAACGUCAGUGACUUCAAGGGCUUGCUGGGGAACCUCUCCUUGGACUCCACUCCGCUCAGCAACUGGCUGAUCUACCCCCUGGCCAUAGACACUGCCAUCAGGCAGGGCUGGCCCCACACUGCCCUGCCGAAAUCAAGCAGUGGGGGCACAACGGGGCCAGCCUUCUACACAGGGUCCUUCGAGACUCCUGGCAUCGCCUGGGACACCUUCGUGAUGUUCCCAGGUUGGAGCAAGGGUCAGCUGUGGAUAAACAGCUUCAACCUGGGCCGGUACUGGCCCCGCUGUGGGCCCCAGCAGACCCUCUUCGUGCCCGGCUCAGUGCUGCAUUCCGACCGCCCCAACAACAUCACGGUGCUGGAGCUGGAGGGGGCACCCCCCACCCCUCUUUUGCUCUUCCUCGACCACCCCCUUUUCAACAGGACCCUCAGCUGCAGCACGGCAGCCACAGAAUAA